CCUAUCACCUCACCCUAAAUCCGAAUCGAUCCUUCGAUCCUGCGAUCCUCGCGGCCUCUACUCCAGUCUCAACUCCUCUCUCUCGCUCGCUCUCUAUGGUGGAUAAGAAAAUGGUGGAGAAUCUGGAGGCCGAGACUGGAGUUCUCCACGGCGCGGCGCCGGAAGUCCGAUUCGAGGGUUUCGGCCAGGGGAAUGGUGGAGGGUCGUGGGAGGAGCCGGCCGGGAGCGCGGAUCCUAGGGUUUCGUCGCUCGAAGGGGCAAGGUACAGGUCGAUGUCUCCAGCCCGCCUCCCGAUCGCGCGCUCCCGGUGCCUCACAAUCUCCUCUGGCUUCAGCCCCUCCGCGCUGCUCGAGUCUCCGGUCCUCGUCACCAAUAUGAAGGCUGAGCCCUCCCCAACUACUGGUACCUUUAACAUGUCCUUAGUGAUGAAUAAAGCCGUUCAUUCUGAAAGAAAAUCAUCUCCUCGGGACACUUCCAGUAAUGAUGCACAUCAUGAGGGGCAUCAUGGAGCUUUUGAGUUCAAACCGCACAUCAGAUCAUCUAUGAAUUCUGGCUUAUCUCCAUUGGGAGCUUUGGCUUCUGUCAAUCCGAGUCAACAAGAGCAGGUGCCUGCUGUACAAGUUCAAAGUCAAUCACAAGCUCAGACAUCUCCCCAGUUAGCUAAAGAUGAGAAGGAAACUCUUUCUUCACAUGAAUUGGUUUUAUCAAUAGCAAAUAUGCAUCCACCUCUUGAAACAUUUCCUUUGGCUGUUGUACCACCAGAAGUUGAUUCUGAUGAGUUACAACAGAUGAAGGGUUCAGAGGAUAGCAUACUGUCACUGCAAUCUGAUCAUAAUGGAUCUAAUCUCUCAACUGUAGUUGAAAAGUCAUCUGAUGAUGGAUACAACUGGCGUAAAUAUGGGCAGAAACAUGUUAAAGGAAGUGAAUAUCCGCGAAGCUAUUACAAAUGCACGCAUCCUAAUUGCCAAAUGAAAAAGCUAUUAGAACGCUCUCACGACGGACGGAUUACUGAAAUUAUCUAUAAAGGUCGGCAUGAUCAUCCUAAACCUCAGCCUAGCCGUCGAUUAGCAGUGGGUGCAAUCUCCAACCAAGGAGAUGAAAAACCUGAUAGUAUAUCUUCAUUAGCUAGGCCUGAAGAUAAAUCAUCAAUAUCUCUGCCAUUUGAUCCAAAUGAUGCUCCUUCUCCUGUCUCAGCUAGUGAUGAUGAUGUAGAAAUUGGAGGUGGACGAUCUAGCAAUACUGGUGAUGAGCUUACUCAUGGUGAUGAUCCAGAGUCAAAGCGCAGGAAAAUGGAUGCCACUAUUGUUGAUGCUUCUCCAAUUGGUAAACCUAACCGUGAACCACGUGUUGUUGUACAAACGUUGAGUGAGGUUGAUAUAUUGGAUGAUGGUUAUCGCUGGCGGAAGUAUGGGCAGAAAGUAGUGAAAGGGAAUCCAAAUCCAAGUUACUACAAGUGCACAAAUGCUGGGUGCCCUGUCAGGAAACAUGUGGAGAGGGCGUCGCAUGAUCCAAAAGCUGUGAUAACCACAUAUGAAGGCAAGCAUAACCAUGAUGUACCUGCUGGAAAGACUGUCAACCAUGAUACAUCCAUGCCGAUGGUUGCAGAUGUUUCCAACAAUAUAACAACUUGCAUGUCAGCAGCUUUCAGUGGUUUUCGGAAGAAUUGUGACACGAUGGUUAUCUCCCAGCAGUACACUCAACCAGAGGGGAGCAACACAGUCAGUCUUGACCUUGGUGUUGGGAUCAGUCGGAAUCACAGCAAUGCAACAACUGCACCGCAUCGAUCUUCAUUAAGAGAGCCAAUCCAGAGCCAUCAAAACCAAUCUAUUAGCUCAGAAUGUAGUAAUGUGCUAAUUCAAGGAAACCCAUUAUCAACUCUGCAUGGAAAUUUAAGCAGUUGCAUCAUCUAUGGCUCUAGAGAAGGCAAAGAUGAAGGCUUUACAUUCAAGACUGCACCUAUAGAUCGUUCAUCUGACAUCCAUUAUGCAAGCACAGGAAAUUUAGUAAUGGGCCCUUAAGACUCUUUACGACACUGGUUGAAGAAAUAAUCAGGGCUUAAAUUUUCUGCGACUACAGAUAUCAGAUGUUCAGGCUCAAAAUAAAAGCAGUGGAUGUUCUUCGUAGGCGUAUCAUGUACCAUCAUAUUUAUUAACCUACUUCAUGUGUAAGAGCAAUAUCCUGUGAAAGUUCAUAGAUCGGAUCUUAUUGUGGGUAAUCGGAUAAAGUCACCUUGUAAUCCUGUGAUUGGUGUAUAAAACUUUUUGAUGAGUUCAUGUAAAUUUGUCA